AUGGGGUUUCAAAGGGGAAAACUAAUUUUUGAAGUUUUCUAUCAAAACCCCUACCCGGGGUUCCAAACUCACCAUCUCCUUGCUAAGAUUCUCUACAGACAUGGAAGUGUACAAGAAGCUUGGAAUCAUGCAUGUCUUGCUCAAGUGGAAUGUCCACGAGACCCAAAUGCUCAAGAGACUCGAAGCAGAUUGACCAAUGCUUUAGUUGACCGCUGGCACCUGCCCAUGCUGAAUGACUCCACCCGAAAUGCUGCAUUUAAACUUGCUAUUGAGAAAGCCGUGGAGGAAGGGCAUAACAGUGUAUUGGAUAUAGGAUCUGGCACUGGCCUACUCAGCAUUCUUGCCAUGAGGGCCAAUGCCAAGAAAGUGUAUGCCUGCGAAGUAGAUAAGUUUAUGUGUGAGUUAUCCAACAACGUUCUUCAGUCUAAUAUGGUCCCACCGGGUGUUUGUGUGCUCAAUCAACACAGCAAAGAUAUUGUCAUCCCUUCACACAUCCCACAAAGGGUAGCAUUAGUGGUAAGCGAGACAGUGGAUGCAGGGCUAUUGGGAGAGCACAUCCUCUCAACAUUGCAGCAUGCAUGGAAACAUCUUUUAUUGCCACCAAAGUCAUUAGUAACCCCCAGUACCUCAGAUGUUAUGCCAUCAUUUAUUCUGAAACCAGAAACCUCAGAUGUGUCUGCAGUUGCAAUGCAAAAUAGGUCUACUUCGGAAACAUGUGUAGACUACGUGGUAGGUGCUCAUAGAACAAAUAUAAAACAGGGACAUGUAAAAACUACAGCUCCAGAUAAUCUGGCAAUAGGUAAGGAAACUCUACACCAUAAGAGAGAGAACUCUUCAAAGUUUGGAAGAGUAAUUCCUUCUAAGGCUGAAGUGUUUAUAGCUCUUAUUAGCUGUGAUUACAUAGCAAAGCAAAUUAAGGUCAACAGACCUGAUUUGUCCUAUUUCACAAAUAAAACUGUUUGCAUUAAGCUUCAAGAGCCAUAUAUGUCAGAGAAACUUAAUCAGGUACCUGGAGGUUUUAAACUGCUGUCACACUGGACUCCUUUAACUACAAUAGAUUUCAAUUCCCCUGAUGACAUAGAAAAACACCUCACUGGAGAAGUAGACAAAACUUUAAAACUACAGUGCAUAGAGUGUGGAUCUCUUGAUGCCAUAGUUCUUUCAUUCAAACUUUAUUUAGAUGAAAAACUUUGCAUUGAUACUUUUCCUGAGCCAGGUACAACACUGUGGGAGAAUGCUGUGUACCCAGUUUUAAAUCUGAUAAGUGUUGAUACUCAUAGUAUCAUUGCAAUUGACUUUAAAUGUACAGGUGUCAUACAGUUGUCAUUACAGAGGAGUUCUUCAAAUUUAAAAAAUGCAAACUAUCUUUAUCUCACUGAAGAUGCCAUAAGAUUUUUAAACAGUAAGAAUGUUGUAGAUUCUUUUCUCUCAGCCUCACAACAGAUAGUUAUUAACCUUCAAGAACCAAGAAGUGAUAAACGUGAUAGAGGUCAUCAGCUAAUUAUAUGUGACAAAACACCGUUCCCCCUAGCUGGUCUGGCUGUACUGUCAGAGUUUCCAAACUCUAAGCUAUAUGUAGAGAAUGAUGAGAUAAAGAACAUCCUACAAGAAUUAGGAAUUACUGCUUAUGAUUUUGAAGAUUUGGAAGAGAAGAUAGAUGUCUUGUUCAUGUGGCCAGUAACAAGAGAAGGGACACUGAAGGAUGGGCUAGUGAAAAACAUUUUUAUGAACAGGUUAAUGAUGGGCAGAGAUUGCCAAGUGUAUCCACAAGAGGUAGAUCUCAUCAUGAGCCUCAUCAGCUCUCCAGUGCUAGCAGCCAUGACUUGUGUGGAUGAUACAAACACAUCCGGUGUCAAGAUAGCAGAGAUCUUUAACAUUGUUAAGACAAGUCACCACCUUGAUGUUCCAUUGUCUGCAAUACCUCAUACUACAGUCAUAAACCAACCCAUUCCUGUCUUGAGACUAUCACUCAUCUCUGGCCACACACAGCCUCUUGGCCCAGUACAGGAGAAUUUAGGAGAUGUGAAUGAGGGCCUGCUGGUAUUGGGAGGUGAGGUAGUAAGUGUACUAAUUAAUGUGAUGAUCUCUGAAGCCUCUACCAUUACAGCUGUUCCAUACUGGUUUCACAUUCGAGGUAAACUCCCACUAAAAGCUUCAAUGUCAUCAAAGUUAUCCUCAGGAUCCAACUCUGAACCAUCUGCUUCAAUACAGACAAGUCAUACUACAACUCCACCUAACUGUGACACAGUUGUUUUAUCAACUAAAGAACCAGACUCUCCAUGCAACCAAAGUCUGUUUAUUUUAAGUAAACCUUUAGAAGUUUUAGAGGGUAAAAAUGUUAACUUAGAUGUUGUCUGGAGAGAAGGGGCAUUUAAUGCAACAGUAGAAUCAGCAGCAGAUUAA